CAGAGGUUCUCUUAAAUUUGGGCAAUGCGAUGAUUUCCCGGAGCCGGGAUUGGGGUUUGAAGCCGCGCUGGUUUUCUCAUGAGCAGAGAAGGGAAAAAGGGAGAAAUGCCCGUGAAAGCCAGGCUGGCCAUCUGGAAGGGAGCAUCCCGGCUCCCGGGUAACCCCGUGCUCCGGCGCUCCGGGACUCGGCUCCGCUGAGCCUGGCUCCUCAAUAACCCCGUACUCCUGAUCCCCGGGGAUCCGCACCACAUCUCCCCGGCUUUCCGGUAACUCCCGCUACCCCAGCACCGAGUAUACCUCGGCUCCUCCUGACUGUGCAUCCCCACCCUGACCCCUGCACCCCAUCUCCCCGUUGACCCCGGGUCUCCCAGCACCCCAUCUCCCCGGCACCCCUGCUCCCCCCGGGACCGCGACCAUGGCGUUCAUGGUGAAGAGCAUGGUGGGGGGGCAGCUGAAGAACCUGACGGGCGGCCUGGGCGGCGAGGAGAAGAGCGAGGGCGAGAAGUCCCCGGCCGAGGCGCAGGGAAUGACCCGGGAGGAGUAUGAGGAAUAUCAGCGGCAGCUGGUGGAGGAGAAGAUGGAAAGGGAUGCCCAGUUUGCCCAGCGCAAGGCGGAGAGAGCCACGGUCAGGUCCCACUUCCGAGACAAGUACAGGCUCCCCAAGAACGAAACGGAUGACAACCAGAUCCAGCUGGUGGGAGGUGACGUGGAGCUGCCCAAGGAGCUGGCCAAGAUGAUCGAGCAGGACAACGAGGAGGAGGAGGAGAAGAACUCGGUUAUCGGCCAGCUCAGCAACAUCCAGAACCUGGACCUCGACUCCUUGAAGGACAAAGCCUCGGCCACGCUCGAGGACCUGAAGCAGUCGGCUGAGAAGUGCUCCAUGAUGUGAGGUGGCAGCAGCCCCGCUCCCCGCCGGCAGGAUGGGAAGGGAGGGGGGCAGCCGAGCGGUGCCGCCUGCAGCGGGGACCCCACUGAUGCUGCCCCCCUCGUCCCGCAGAGCCGGGUCCUCCUCCUGCCUCAACCCCUGCCCCAGGUGUCCCUGGUGUGUGGCUGUUGUCCUGUUCUCCGGUCCGAGGUUAGAGCCGAGAGGCAGCAUGUUCCCCUGUGCCCCAUCCCACCCCUGUGCCCGGCAGCGGGUGUCCCUAGGGAGAGCGGGGAAGGAAAGCCCGGAGUGACCUUGGGGUGUCAUUGAAGCACAUCAGCAUGGGAAGGCAAAGGCUUUCCCGCAGAGCGGUGCCCAGGCGCCGGGUUCCUGCCUCCUGGAAUGAUGGGGAGGCUCCGGUUUGCUCUGCAUGGUGGGAGAUGCGAGUUAACCUUCCAUAUGGGCAAGAGACACCAAGCACUGCCCUUGAGGGCCCCUCCGCAAGGAGUCAGCUGGGAAGGACCUGCUAUACGAUCCCAGUCAGCCCAGCGGGAAGGGGGUGUUGAGGACCGGAGGGAUGGAGCCUGAAUUGAUGCCAGAGAGGAAUAAACCCCGCUCCCCGGUGCCCAUGGGAGCCCACACCAGCCCUUCCCCGGGGUGGGAGCCGCUCGUGUCCUUGUUCCUUCCAGGAGAACAAAGUGGAAAGGGAAUCUCUCCUCCUCCUCCUCCUCCCCUGUCGUGCUGUACUUGUGCGCUGUGCUCAUCGAGUGUCUCUCCACCUCCUCUGCUGUCCCCGUGCCAUGGUACAGUUGUAACCGGUGGAAUAAAUACCAGGAGAUGUCUAUGCA